UUACAACAGCUAGGGCCUUGUUGGAAUUUGAGUUAAAUACGUAUAAAAAUUAUGUCACUAUGUAAUUAUUUUUCAAAAUCAUUAGAGACCAGAUUUAUGACUUAACCUUGAUGAAACUUGGUGAAAAUGUUGAUCUUGAAAAUAUCAAGAAGGAGCUCUAAUUUUGUGGUGGUCUGACAGUAAACGUGCGUUCAUGUGAAAGAAAUGUGCAUUUCACAACGGGGAUUACGAUGCGAGUGCUGCACUCUCAAGGACGAAUGUGGAAUGGCUGGUCCAGGUAAAUCGAAAAAGAGAGGGGGUGCAUCCGAAAGCAAGGAACCAAAGACAAGCAACCGGAAGGCAAAAUCUAAUGCAGGUGCAGAAACACUGCUUCUUCCGCCCUGCAAAGUGUGUGGUGGCAAGGCAUCCGGCUUUCAUUUUGGAGUGAUCACAUGCGAAGCAUGCAAGACAUUCUUCCGUCGUGCGCUGACGCAUAAGCAGACGUACAUUUGCCUUGGCAAUAACGAGUGCCAUGUCGCCGACACACACAAGCGGCUGACGAACUGCUCUGCGUGUCGCUUGCAGAAAUGUCACUCACUUGGCAUGUCGAAAAGCAGUGUCCGAAAAGGCCGUUUCUCCAUAGAGACGAGGACGCGCACCAUCGUGGAGGCGAAGGCGGUCCUGGAGCAGGAUCCCGGCCUCAUGAUGGCGCCCCGACAACUGGCAUCGUCGGAAGAGCAUCCCUCAGUUUCCACAACCCACACAGAGACGACGAUCGAUAAUGCACCCUCACCGGCACCAUCGCACUCUAUAGCCGACAACAUGCCACUUUCUCCGCUGCAGGCAAUGUUCGAGGAAGACGCCGCCACAUACAGUGUGUUGUGGGGCCACGAGGCACUUCCGCUCUCUUGCCAGCCGCUUGUUUGCAACGGAGAGUUCGAGAUGCUCAUUGAGACGCUUGUCUCCUGCCAGGAUGUCGUUUACCCCGAAAUCCGAAAGCAGCUCAAGUUCACCAAGAAAAUCCACUACAUGCAGGUGAAAACAUAUGAAGAUUUCAAAUUGAAGAAAGAAGUUUUUGGGGAACUUUUCGGCAGCACUCAGCCAGUGUCAACCGCCGAGUACAAACAGAUCUUCGCCGAGACGGGCUUAGACCUGGACGACCGCCUCUCGCAUUUUAACCAGAAGGGAAAGGCGAUGGAAGAGAGCAUUCAUCAGUUCGCAAACUUCACCAAAAUUAUACCAGGCUUCCGGAACAUCUGUCCCUACGAUAUCACUCAUCUUAUGAAAGCGGCGCACAUGGAGUUCUGGAUGUUUGGUAACUACAUACUCUUCAGCAACAAGCUGUCCCUCGCCAUCAGCUGGGACGGAAGCCACAACACCACCAAGGAGGUCAUGGCAAAGUUCUUCAGCCCCGACUGGGUCGAGCCGAUGUAUGCUUACACGGACACCCUGCAUAGGCUUGAGCUCUCUAUCGAGGAAAUUGCUUUGCUCAGGGCCAUAAUUCUUACUUUCACUGAUAGAUGCGAAUUAAAAAACGCGGAUCAAAUUAGUGCAUUGCAAGAGAAAUACUUGGACUGCUUGCGAUAUCUGUUGUCCAAGACGUUCGAAAAUCCCAGCACUCGCCUCUACAGACUCAUCGAUCGUCUACUUGCUAUUCGAGACCUCUCGCACAUUAACGUCAAGGCCAAUCAGAAGUUCCUUGAAGAAUGGGGUUUCCUCAUGCAUGACUAUCCGCUGUGGAAAGAAAUGUUAUCCUUUAAAGAUAUUUAGAGUGCAUUACGUUACGUGUACAUGUUAUGUUGGAAUGUCGAAUGCGCUAACAAAGCCUCGUUGUUCAAAACUCCACAGCUUAUCGAACUCGCGACUGUCACCACCCAUGUUAUAACACAGGCAUGAGACCUUGCUUAAACAUACGAAGCAUAUAGUAUAACGACCAGAAAUCGAAAUGUGUAGAAAAGUUCUGGAUUAGAAUCGACAUCCUCUGCUGACAUGUUCUUCUGAAUCGGAGCCUAUCUUAUGGUCUUAUUGGUAAGAGUUUUUCUGCCAACAGGUGUCGUUUUUGAGUGUGAUUUUGUGGUUUAUUUGAUAAAAUGUUCUAUUUGGGCCGCACCGUGUGUAAAGGGGGAUGAAUGCAUGUGCGUAAAGUGUCGUCCCAGAUAAGCCGGUGUAGCCUAAACUAUAUUUUGGCUAAGAACAUACUUUCUGUACACGAACUAUAUCAUAUAAUCGGAAAGCGACACUUUACGAAUCAUGCGUUUAUCCCUCUUUUCACAGAGCACGGCCCAUUUUAAUUAAGCGUCGGACGCUUCAACUUCACUUUUGUGCAACUCGCCAUCAUGCCGUAUAUGACGUAGUGUAGUACAUACACUCAUGUCUGCUUCAAUUACAAAUAUUUACCCACUGGAUUAAGUGAACACACAGACGUUUUUAUUUCAAAUUUUUAUGUAUGUGUGCUUGUUAUUAAGCAAGAAAAGCAACUGCCGGUACUUCUACUUGAAUAUUCAAGUGCACGCAUUUUACUUCACAAACAUGUAAACCCACUAUGGUGUUAGUACCUGAAGUAAAUAUUAUGUAAUAAAUAUUACAUACCUAUGUUAUUAUGUUUGACUAUCGUUCUUUAUAAGAAGAAAACAAGUUGUUUGUUUCUACUAACAUGUUAACGACAGGGUAUGAAGGUCGGGCUUCCGUUGUUUUCGUUAUCGUGUCUUUGCAUGUACGUAGUGAGGUCAUUAAGCUUUGCUCUUGUCCGUCCAUACAUAAGUCAAUAACCUUGUGUUUUGAAUUCAUCAUUCAUUUCUGUGUGGAUUUGUCGCAAACUUUCACAGGUGUAUAAUCUUAAAUUGCAUAUUAUCAUGAAGAAAUGAAUUUUGGCUGAAUAAUUGCUAUUGUCCAUUUUUUCGACAAUACAAAAUAUAGUCCCAAUAAUUUUUUUCAAUCCUCUUAACUACAGGGUUAUGCUAGCUCAUCCUUUUACAGUUGGAAGGAAGUUUGGCUUCAACAAGUGUUGGUAUAACUAUUGCCAGUAUUGUAAUUCUUUCAAUCAUGGAAAAUAUAGUCUGUGUGUUCAAUUUGUCUUUAACCUGUGGUUGGAUGUUGCUGAAACGUCCACGCUUGAUUGUCCUUACUGUGAUCUUUAUGAUCUUAACAAUUGAUAAUUAGGCUGUGACAAGGUGUAGCAGAAUUGUUCCCCUUUUCUGUUUUACUACAAAGCAAUAAUCGCCCCAUUGGUAGAAAAAAGAUACCAUGUGACAACGAAAUAAGAAGGCACACGGUACAUUUUUGCAGUAAUAGGGCGAUAUGCUGUUAAUUUUUUUUUCAACGUGUAACUGCUUGGCGAAUAUUCAUUAACAACUGAGUGGGUAGAUAGUCGUUAUGGAACGAAUUUUGACUUUGUUGUCCAUGUUCUUUUAGUCCGCUGUGUAGAAUAUAAAGUGGUUGUGUCCGUGUCAAAACAUAGAUUGUAGAGGACAUCAGCAUAGUGGUUAAACGACAUCCAAAACAUCAUACUUACGUUUUCAUGUUUAAUUGUUGCAUCUUGUUAACAAAAUUUUCAUUUAUUUAGCAGUCAGAAACAACUUAUGACCUUAUGCAAUAUUUCUAUGGGCACUAUUAUUGUUAAUAUCUUCAAUUAUUAGCAAUUAUUUAAUUGAUUAAAUAGAAUGCCACGGGUCAUACGUGAUCAACACCAUUCUAAAACCGUUCAUUAUAUUAUUAUUUAACUCGGAGUUCAGACUAAAAUGCUUUGUAAUAGCUAAAACCGAAAAAAACAACUAAAUAUAAGAAGAAAUAUCUCAAUUAACGUUUCUAAAUAAUUAAAUUGAAAACAGAAGUUUUACAAUUGUGUUUUUUAAUUACAAUUUUGCAUAUUCACCGCAUGAGUUUAUUUCUUAUCCAUCGAAAUAUAUCGUAUGUGAAUAUUUGAUUCACAUGCAGAUUUCUUUUCCUACCAUCGAAAUAUAUAUCUUAUAUGAACAUUUGAUUCACACGCAGCAUUUUUUCAACACUAUCAAAUCACAUUUUAAUAGUCGCGUCAUGCGAAAAUGUGGCGUAGAAAAUAUAGCACACUGGCACAUUAGGUAUGCCUUAUCAGGCGUUUAGGAACGAUUUCCAGACUUUCCAGAUUUGCUGACCGAGUACGGUAAACGUGUUUUGUUACGGCAGAUAUUGAAACGAUUGCCCUCGUGACCCUUUACAUUUCGGUCGUGUUUGUUUUCUGAUCUUGAAAGCAAAACUUUGUUUAUCGAUAGUCACUUAGUCACUUAUGUCUUCCCCUUACGAUUUUGUGACCGAUUACAGACCCUGGACUUUUGCGAGAUGGAUUUAAAGCGGCCUUUUCACGUUUUGGUAAAUUGUCCAAAUUAAAAAAAGUUGUUUCAGAAUUGAACAUUUUCGUUUUAGUUAUGAUAUUUGUGAGGAAACAGUUAUACUCAACUUUUACUAUGCUCUAAAAUAGCCAUUAUAUGCAUCUUUUGACGAUUUAAAAACCUGAAUAUUAUAAAGCGUUGCAACGCGAAACGAUUGAAUAAAUUGGAGAGUUA